AUGGAUAAUUUAUGCACAGUUUGUAUAAAUUAAAGGGCAGUUAAUCGAGAUUUUGAAUGUAAAUCUUAUAGUUGUGAUGAAAACAGUAGAAAAGGCAAUUUAGAAACUUGUUAGUCUUGUAAUAAAAAACUAUAGGGGUAGAAUUAGUAAUAAAAUAAAAAAAAAGCUGAUGAGUUAAUAAAGGUCUGUCAAAGAAGCAUCUCGUUCAUUCAUAAUUAGUAAAUAUACAUGAAGCAAUUCAUCGAGCAUUAAAUAGGGGAAUUGAUAAAUAUGCUUUAAGAGAAAUAGAAUACAUUGCAGAGUAAUCUAACUGAGAUAUUAUAAAAAAAAUUGGACUAUUACUAAGACUGUGAAUCAAGACUAAAUAUAAUAAAGAAAAAUAGCGAUUAUAAUAGAUUAAAAUAAUAGCCAUUUGUGUAAUUAGAAUAAUAUGAAGAUGAUAAAAUUCUGGAUUUUGGAAAUAUUAAAAUUUUAACAGAAGAGAUAAAGAAUUUUGGAAAACGGGUUGCUAAGAAAACUAAUUAAAGUGCAUGUUUAUAGAUUAAUAAUACUAAAAAAUAUCAGAAUAAUGCAAAUAAAGAAAACCUAAAGGAUUCUUAAGAGAAAAUAAAUUAAUCCAAUAUGUUUAUUUCAUUUUUGCCAUCAUUGGACGAUGCUACAUUAAUUUACAGAUUCGGUUAGAAAUUUCAUAUGCCAAAAUAAAAUAAAGUGCUUGGAUUUAUCUAUACAACAAAUCAAAGCAAAUUUGGUUUUUAUUAUAAUAUAGAUUAACCAACAAAUGGGUAUAAUAAUUCGAAAGACUGCUACAUUUUCUCAUUAAAUAAUAUAUAUCAAAUACCUCCUAUGAAAUUUUACCCUAAGGAAGAGUGCCAUUCUAAGAUUGGAUUUGGUAAGGAUUGUAAAGAUUUGCUCAUUGACUUUGAAAAUAUCAAAAAUUCUUCUUCAAAUUUAGGUCAAUCGUAUGAUGUAUAUUCAGAGCUUGAUAGUGAAUGUAUAUUAGCAGGUAGAUCAACUAAUUGGAAUGUUGAAAUGAUAGAGAUAUUUAGUUUGAAAUGA